GCGAAAGAACCGUUAGAGGUGGUUUGGAACCACGUAGAAACCCCCAGUCCCCGCCACGGCAACACUUAUCAUCUCUCUCUCUCGCUCGCUCUCCCCACGAUCGGUGGCCAUGGCGGUGGGCGGCGGGGAGUGCCACGCGACGCUGGCGGUGGGCGCGGACGGCCAGAUGGACGCGGCCGCGAUGGAGCGGUUCGCCGCCGCCGCGGGGCUCCCGGGGCGGGGCCUCUCCUACACCGUCGUCUCCAUCCUCGGGCCGCAGGGCAGCGGGAAAAGCACCUUGCUCAACCAUCUCUUCGGCACAGACUUCAGGGAAAUGGAUGCCUUGAAAGGAAGGAACCAGACCACCAAGGGCAUUUGGAUUGCCAAGGCUGUUGGCAUCGAGCCGUUCACUGUAGUGCUGGAUCUGGAGGGGACGGACGGGAGGGAAAGAGGGCAGGAUGAUACUACUUUUGAAAAGCAGAGUGCUCUUUUUGCUCUUGCAGUUUCAGAUAUUGUUAUGAUAAAUCUGUGGUGCCAUGACAUAGGACGAGAUCAUGCUGCUAACAGGCCUCUUUUAAAAACAGUAUUUCAGGUGUUGACGCGUUUAUUCAGCCCUCGCAAAACAACUCUGCUACUAGUUAUUCGUGACAAAACAAAGACUCCACUAGAGUAUCUAAGGCAAGCUCUGAAGGAGGAUAUCCAGAAGAUAUGGGACUCUGUUCAGAAACCAGAAGUCUACAAGGAAGCAGCGCUCAGUGAAUUCUUCAAUGUGGAGGUCACUGCUCUGUCGAGUUAUGAAGAGAAAGAGGAACUAUUUAAGGAGCAGGUUGGACAACUUAGGCAGAGGUUUUAUCACUCAAUUGCUCCAGGCGGUCUUGCUGCCGAUAGAAGAGGUGUGGUACCUGCUUCAGGUUUCUGUCUUAGUGCACUGCAGAUUUGGAAAGUAAUACGAGAAAAUAAGGACCUGAACCUUCCUGCUCACAAGGUCAUGGUUGCUACUGUUCGAUGUGAAGAGGCUGCAAAUGAAAAGCUCAAACAUUUUAUGUCUGAUAAGGGUUGGUUGGAGCUAGAAGCAGCUGUAAAAUCUGGUCCAGUACCUAGCUUCGGCACGAAGCUCAGUGCCAUUCUCGAUUUUUAUCUAUCAGAGUAUGACAUGGAAACCAUGUACUUUGAUGAAGGUGUAAGAACUGCUAAGCGCCAACAUUUAGAAUCUUCAAUGCUAAAUCACACAUAUCCCGCUCUCGAGACACUGAUAGAACACCUGCAUCUUGUGGUCCUCAACAAAUUCAAAAGUGAUCUGGAACAAUCAUUAAGGAGCAGAUAUGGAUUUGCAGCAUCAGUUCGUCAGUGUGCUCAGGCUUUAAUGGCAGAAUUCGAUGCUGAACUGAGAGCAGAUGCAACAGUUAAUCAUGUGGAGUGGGAUGCUUCAAAUGCUAGGAACAAACUGGAACAUCAUAUACAAGCUCAUGUAGCAUCUAUUAGGAACACAAAGUUGGCUGAACUAAAAGCUAAUUAUGAGAAGAAGCUGUCAGAUGCACUUGCUAGGCCUAUACAAUCAAUACUGGAAACUGGCGAGAGAGACUCAUGGGAAUCUAUUAGGAGACUAUAUAGGCGUGAGACUGAAAAUGCUGCUCUUGCAUUCUCAGCUUCCCUUUCUGAGUUUGAGCUAGACCAGACAACUUCCAAUAAGAUGGUCUCAGACUUGAAGGAACAUGCAAGAAGUGUAGUGGAAAUGAAAGCUAGAGAAGCAGCUGGAAAUGUUCUGAUGCAUAUGAAAGAAAGGUUUUCCACUGUGUUGAACCGCGAUGCGGAUUCGAUGCCAAGGACAUGGACAGCAGAUGAAGACAUCCGUGCAAUCACUAGAGAAGCACGUUUAGCGGCUUUAAGACUUCUGUCCGUAAUGGCAGCUAUACGGUUGGAUGAUAAACCAGACAAAAUAGAUCGAGCUCUGAUUACUGCUCUUUUAGAAGGGGGACCCCUUUCCCAGAAGAGGACUGUCGAAUUUACUUACGAUCCAUUUGCUUUAAGCACGUGGGAAGAGGUGUCACCAAAGGAUACGCUGAUUACACCAGUGCAGUGUAAAUCCAUCUGGAGGCAAUUCAAUGCAGAGACAGAAUAUGCUGUUGCACAAGCAAUAUCUAUGAAGGAAGCACAUAGGCGUAGCAAGAACUGGUUGCCACCCGCAUGGACUAUUCUGCUUCUUGCAAUGCUAGGUUUCAAUGAGUUUAUGUUCCUUCUUAGGAACCCUUUAUACCUUCUAGGGCUCUUUGUUGCCUCCAUACUAUGCUACGCCGUAUGGUUGCAAUAUGAUAUCAGUGCUUAUUUUCGUCAUGGCACGUUGUCUGCUCUCCUCACUAUUUUAUCAAGACUGUUAUCUACCAUCAUGGACAUCGUGACUGCUAUCGUCAACAUGAGCCACAGCCAGAAGCAUUCCCGGCACCCGUCUCGCCGCUCCCCACCGCUCCAUACUCAAAGCUUCAGGAACCAGACGCAGGGACAGGCUCAAGUGCAGUACAUGUCUCUUGGCUCGCCAUCAUCGUCCUCCUCUUCCGUGGACUCAAACAGUGGUGAUGAAUCUUGAAGCUUUGUAAAGCAUCCCUAUGGAAGCAGCUGCAGUGACCGUGCUUAACCUUCAGGGGAUACCAGUUGACGAAAAAAGGAAACCUUUGUGAUGUGCCUUGACUUCGAUGUGUGAAUGAACUGUAAGAUGUAAGCAUAGCCUUCAGCAGAGUUGAUGGUAGCAGACUAGCAGUGCAAUAGGUGGUUCCUGUGCAGUCCAAGCCAACUUGAACACUUAACAAGAUAGCCAAGAGAGACUAAGAUAGAUAUAUAUAUAUAUAUAUAUAUUUUACAUACAAAUGAUGCUAUGUAUAUUCCUACUUACAGCCCAAAGACAUGUUGAUAACUAUAUACUAUGUGGUACCUUAUU